GUUUAUAUUCAUUUCCUGUCCUCCCCCUCCCCUUUCCCAAAUGAUGUCUCUUUAGUUCCAUAGUGCAGACUCAAAUUACGAAUCAAGCCAAAACCCAUAACUGCACAACAUCGAUACCCUCUGACGCUGAUACGGGCGAAUAGAAUCACAGUUUAAAUGCACUGCACUAUAAUAAAUCCACUCUCGGUGAACGACUCAGAAGGCAAAUCUUUCGGCAAUGUGAUAUUCGUUAGACACACACGGUUACCAAGUGGUGGAUGUUGCUCCGACAUAGUUUCCGAGGGUUAGGACAGGAUGUCGAAUGCCGUAAUCUAAUACUGGAAUAGCGAAGUAUACAAUGCCUCUAUCAAUCCGUGGUAUGACAUCAACGCCUAGGAGACAGGUACUGGUAGUCGGAAUUUCUAUGAAAGGCGGUUGGCUCCGACACCUUUCAGCUGCCUCCAGGGAGACUCGGCCUUGAGUCAGUCAAAUACAAAGCACCGUGCCUAAACACACAUAACACAUCCGACUUCCGAUAAUUGCACCGUCGAAACUCGGCCGACAUCGAAACGAUGCUCGGCUUUAGCUCGGAGCCUGCUCGGAUAUAAGCUUACCACGUCCGCGGUGAGGAGAGGGUGCUCGAGAAACAUGCCACAAGACAUGGCCAUAUGGGCUGCGGAAGAAAUGGGUUUAAAUAUAAGUCUGUACGUCGAUUGACAAUCGACAGCAUCUGACCUCAAUGCAAGCAAAUGUCGCUACGUCGCGCGCUUGUUCUCCGCCGCCCGUUGACCUUUCGAACCGCCAGCACCACCGCCCGCACCACCGCCAGGAUGAGCUCGGCGUCGUCGUCGGAGUCGUUGUCGUCGAAGAAGGAGGACCCCGGCUUCAUGGAGGGCUUCCGACAGUGGAAGGCCAUGGGCCAGGGCGGCAGCCCGCUCAACAUGCGGGGGUACUUGUCUAGCCUCAGCGCCGAGAAAGCCAUGGCCUUCGGCGCGGACGAGACCAUCAAGCCGGGCUUCUACGACAACCCCGAGAAGCGCGCCACGGGAUGGUCGCGAGCGACAGAGGAGCAGAAGGCGAACACGAGGAAGUCUUUCCUGAAAGAACCCCUCCCGGUGCGGCCGGGGCCGCGCGCGAGAGCGAAGCGCUUCGUGUACCCGCAGCGAGAGAGGAACGCGGACGUGCCCCAAGACCCCGCGGUAAAAGAGGCGUACUUGGCAGCCUACGAGAAGCUCGGCGAAACCAACGCCGAGUUCACCACAUGGGCGACCUCGGCCCUGGAGAAGCAUGGGCGGGCGCUGUUCCUCAAGCCUCACAUGCCUGUGACGCCGCUGGCCCGGCCGGCGGAGCGGGAGAUCGGCCACAUACACGGCACCGACCUGUCCGGCCACGUCACGCUGUCGUUCGCCGACGCCGAGGAGGUCAUCUCCAAGGGCUGGGGCGAGCGCCACCGCAUGAGCGGCACCAGCUGGAUCCAUCUCGGGUACACCAUGCUCUACGUGCCCAACACCGUCGAGGAGACGGCCAUUUACGCCAAGAUAUUCCAGGCAGCAGUCGACUACAUGAAGAGCGGCUGAACCCGGUCUUGCGUUGGGCAAUGCGCCCGACGUGGCGCCGACUUGGCGUAAGGAUAGGAAAGGGGUUGUGUGCAGACUUGAGCCCAAAAUAGCAAAAUGUCACCCCUGCGAUGUUUCCCUGGGUAGAAGACUACUUCUUGGGAGAAGAUGGAGUGUUGAUAUCAUGGAUAUGUCCAGCCUUGCGCGGGCUUGGGCGUUGUAAAUAGACAGACGAUGCGUGCAUAGCACCCCUAGGGGUCAGAUCUCAAUCUCCACACAGCUUUACAGAGGACACUCUAUAAUAGCAUGGUAGCAUGAUAGACAAUAGGGCUGGUCCUAAAUACGACAUUACGAAGUGUGAUC